AUGAAAUUAUCAAAGAAAUUAGAAAUGGGAAAAGGAAGUAUCAGUAAAGGUAUUCGGCAUUGUUUGAUGUUAUUACAGGUAUCGGUGAAGCAUUGUAAAAGUGAAAUAUACCGUUACAAAAAUACUCCCGAAAUACCGCGAUAUUUACAUCAUAUGCUUAUUAAACAAACUAUCAAUGGUAAGAUGUCAUCAAAGAAAGUGGUCGAUAUCGAUAGAAAAGGAUGGCUACACAACGGUCAAUAUAUUAGUUCGCAUAUUUUGAAGAAGAGAUCAAAUUCCCGCAAUUAUCCACAACUCAUCACUAAUGUCACCAAAUUAUACACAUACACAAAGACAUAUAUAGAUAUGCAUCCACAUGCCUACAUACAUGGACGUACAUUUGUAUGCCAACAUACAUGA